AUGUGCAUUUCAGAAUGGCACAAACGUGGCGGUCUGGUGGGUUUAGUUCGGCCGUCCGGCCCUUGGCGUUACGCCGCCAUACCCGGACCCAACUCACCACGGCGACUCGGUCGACGCAAAUGCGGGCGUCUGCCGGUUAGGCAGCUGCUGGUGGGCCCGAGCUUGAGCCCGGGCCGAGGGACAUACAUGUAUACAGACAGAAAGAUGUGGAAACGAGUGGGUCAGACGAGACUGAUCGAGAAGCCGAGUGAUAGAGUGCAGACGGAGGAGAAACACACGAACUGCCCUCGAGCAGAGGCGGCGAUCCGUCCCAGGUGGGAUCAGGCCGCGGAAAAUACCUCACCGACCAGCCCUGAAGGACUUUUCACUUGGCCUGUCGGGCGGCUGACUGGCUAG